AUGACCAUGAACAUUCUCAAAGAGGCGCCACGAGAAGCCAAGCUGUACAGUUCCAGGAAAAUAGCUCGAUCAGUCAAUGCAAACAUUGUCGCUGCUUGGGUAUUCUGGUUCAUAUUGUCCUCCUUAAUUCUGUUGUGUAUCCUUCCACGAGUAUUUGGAACGUCCCUUCGGAUGUCCCAUAUUGACCUCUAUUUUAAACCAUCCUCGGAAUUGGGAUGGACGAGAACGGUGGAUGAGGGGCUUGAACUUUUUUCAUUGUUCACCAACGAUUUGGCAGGUACCAAACAAAGCCGCUCCCGCUCCAAAUUUGCGUCCAUUUCAACCAACAUCUACACUUUUGAUUUUGCUAGUUGGUGCCGGAAAAACUCGAACCAGAAAUCUGUUGUCUGCUAUAGAGGUGAUGGAAUGAAUAUAGUAUCGGCUUUCGUUACAGAUUUCGGGUCACAAGUUGCAGAUAUCGGGAAUCUUGAAGACCCCCGCCUGUUUGGCCAAUCACUCGCACAAACCUACAGAGACAUAGUGAAUGACUUGGACAGAAUCUUUCACCAACCAAAAGAAAAUAAAGGAACUCUAGAUUUGGAUAUGGACAAGCUUAAAAUAGUGCACAGGCUUCAUGUAUUUGAGAAUAUGGGCCGCACUUUAAUGACAUUAAGAAUUGUUCAUAUUCUUCUCAUGUGCAUCGUAUCAUUGACUGUAUGGACUCGAGAAAUACUAGCAGUUAACAAUGCGCCUGUGUUUUUCAAGUACAACAUCUUCAUGUGCUGGACCAUAUACGUUGUUUUAAAUUCUUGCACCCUCUUAUCGUUUUGCUUUUUUUCAAGCGAGACUGUGCUUAUCACUCGCCUAAAUGCGGCACUCACGAACCAUGGAGUUCGUUUAGUGCAAGGCCCCGGGAACAUAUUGCUACUCGUGGAGACAUUUGCGAGUCUCAUCUUUUCCUUGGUUGUUGUCUUCAGCGACUAA